AAAAUCCAAAACGUCAAAAAAAAUAAAACAAAACACAAUUAAUUAAAAAUUAUUAUGAAGAGGAACGGCGAGACGAAACGGCGGAGGAACGUGGCGGAGGAAGCAGAGCAGGGAGGAGGAGGAGGAGGAGAAGAUCCAGCGAUGUGGGAGAAUCUUGACAGGAAUUUCAGACAAGUGCAAUCAGUUUUAGACAGAAACAGAUCACUGAUUCAACAAGUCAACGACAAUCACCAAUCGAGAAUGGCUGAUAACAUGUCGAAGAACGUUGCUUUGAUUCAAGAACUCAACGGAAACAUUUCUAAGGUUGUUAACAUGUAUUCUGAUCUCAAUACUAGUUUCUCAUCGGGGUUUCACGGUGGAAAGAACGGUCACGACGGUGGUGGUGCUGCCGGAACAAGAGCUUAAUGAACCCGAAUCAAAUUGUUUCUUCAUA